CACUACCUGCCACACAAGCCUGUAUUUCACAUGGGGCAAGCGGGAGUUAUCAUCCACUUGCGUGAAUGCUACUGCUGAGUGGUGGUUGACAGUCUCAGGCGACAAGAGGAAAACAAGACAGCGUUUUUUCUUCCCUCUUCCUCCUCCUCCUCUUCUUUGCUAAAGGCGUAUCACUGAUGGAUGCCACCAUGGAGCAGAAAACAUAAAGUUGAGCACUCGUAAGGACGCUGCCACUUGUACUUUACAGAAGAUAUCAACGGUGGGAUGAAGAAUUAAAGUCUCAAAGAGUUUGUGCCGACAUGUCUAAACCAAUGGAUCACGUUAAACGCCCGAUGAACGCCUUCAUGGUCUGGUCCAGAGCCCAGCGCAGAAAAAUGGCUCAGGAGAACCCCAAAAUGCACAACUCCGAGAUCAGCAAGAGACUAGGAGCGGAGUGGAAACUUCUCACAGAGUCUGAGAAGAGGCCAUUCAUCGACGAAGCUAAACGACUUCGCGCAAUGCACAUGAAGGAACACCCAGACUAUAAAUACAGACCGAGGCGGAAGCCCAAGACUCUCAUGAAGAAAGAUAAGUUUUCCUUCCCGGUGCCCUAUAACCUGGGGGAGCACGACGCGCUCAAAGUGAGCGGCCUUUCCUCUGGAGUUCUUUCCGAGUCCAUGCUUGGGCACCCGGACAAGGCUGCGGCGGCUGCAGCAGCGGCAGCAGCGCGGGUUUUCUUCAACCCGUCAAUGUCCACGAACCCAUACUCGUUUUUUGAUCUGGGAUCCAAGAUGACCGAGCUUUCCCCGCCUUCGUUUUCGUACGCGUCUCCGUUGGGUUACCCUGGCGCCACGGCUUUCACCACCGGGACUGGCAGUGUAGGUGGCGGGACGCACACCCACACUCACACGCACCCUUCCCCGGGAAAUCCAGGCUACAUGAUUCCUUGUAACUGUACGGGCUGGCCCUCUGCGGGACUCCAGCCGCCCUUAGCAUACAUCCUGCUGCCCGGGAUGGGCAAACCUCAGCUUGAACCGUACCCUGCGUAUGCUGCAGCGUUAUGAUAGGCCCGCUCUGGACUUCUUUAAGAAAACCCAAUGUGAAAAGAAACAAACAAAAAAAAGCUAUUCAUGCAAGAGAUUUAUUAUGCAUGCACAAACUUGUACAUGUGAUGAAGUGCUCGUCGUCUCAGAUAUCACAUGUGUAUGUAUAUUGAUUACUGCCUUUAUCUAAGGUAAUGCUUAUUUAGAGAACUCUCUAAUCUAAUAUUCCUCAACCAUCAGCUCUCAGAGGAAAAGGACUAAAAAGGAGGAAACGUUACCAGUGCAGCUUGCACUAUGUGACGACCCUCUUUUUCAAAGGUACACCAUUUCAUUUUGAUCUUUUUGCAAGUUGCACCUGCUCGACUAACCUGUUGGACUGAGAGAGGGGGGGCAAACACAACAAUCACAGGAUCGCCACAUCUCCUCAAUGGGUUAUAAUCCACGGAUCAAGGAGGAUUGUCACAACAUUUCUGCCCUCUUCAAUGACUUUAAAUGUGUACAGAUAAAAAUGACUCUAGUUUAUUUGCCGUUAUAGGCUUAGUGUUUGAGAUAGGGCCAGCAGACUUAGGCCUAUUUCCCUAGAAAUCCGGUGUAUAUUUUGAGUUUUUAAACCGUUUUAUAGAUGUCUGUAAUAUUUAUUGUUUAGUGAAAUCUAUGGUGACCCGGACAAUUUUAAAAAGGACAAGACUAGUUCUGUGAUAUUUGCACUUGAAACAUAGAGGAUGUAAUUUAUUUUCAAGGUGAUUUUCAUUUCAUGUGCAUUGCAACUUCUCGGGUCUUCUCUCCCUUCCUGCAAAUAGUAAAAAAAAAAAAAAAGUUUCAAUUUCAAUUGCACAUUGAAGUUUAUUCAAAGAUCUUCUCUUGUUGCCUCACCCUCCCACUCGUACCAUGUGCAGCAGAAAAAAAAACAUUUUUAACUAACUCUUAUGGAAUUUGUAUGUUUUGUGUUUUCUUUAACCUCCGUUCUGUACUUCAGCCUAUUGCUACUGUUCACUUGUUGAGCCAAAAGGACUACAAUAAAGCGUAUUCGGAUGAAACGGAA